UAGCAGUGAGAAGCUUUCUUCUCCCCAGAAGAUYCGACCCUUUUGCUCAUCGGAUCUCUCCGAUUCCGAUUGCAAUUGCGAUUCCGAUUCCGUUUGGAUCGUAAUAAUGGCGGAUCUUGAGGCCCCAUUGGUGCGCCCGAAGAGGAAGAAGGUGUGGGUSGACUAUUUUGUUCAGUUUAGAUGGAUCAUCGUUAUAUUUGUCGUACUUCCCAUCUCUUUCACUCUCUACUUCCUCACGUAUCUUGGGGACGUUAGAUCUGAGUGGAAGUCCUACAAACARCGUCAGCAGGAACAYGAAGAAAACGUCAAGAAAGUUGUGAAACGYCUGAAAGAAAGGAACCCAUCAAAGGAUGGUCUUGUUUGCACAGCCCGAAAGCCCUGGAUUGCAGUUGGGAUGAGAAAUGUUGACUAUAAACGAGUCAGACAUUUUGAAGUGGACCUUUCGGCYUUCCGUAACAUUCUUGAAAUAGACCAAGAGAGAAUGGUUGCAAAAUGUGAGCCUUUGGUCAAUAUGGGACAGAUCACUAGAGCCACUGUCCCUUUGAAUCUUGCUCUUGCUGUUGUUGCUGAGCUUGAUGAUCUAACCGUUGGUGGGCUCAUAAACGGCUAUGGAAUUGAGGGAAGCUCCCAUUUGUAUGGUCUUUUCUCUGAUACCGUGGUGGCCUAUGAGAUCAUCGUUCUUGCAGAUGGUAAAGUGGUUCGAGCCACAAAAGACAAUGAGUAUUCUGAUCUUUUCUACGCCAUCCCCUGGUCUCAAGGGACUCUUGGGUUGCUAGUGUCUGCCGAAAUCAAACUUAUACCCGUCAAAGAGUACAUGAAAUUGACUUACAAACCCGUUAGAGGCAACGUAAGAGAUCUUGCMCAGGGGUAUAUUGACUCUUUUGCCCCCAGAUUCGAUGAUGAGAACAAUGAAAUGGUUCCUGAUUUUGUGGAAACGAUGAUCUACAAUCCUCAYGAGGGUGUUUGCAUGACGGGAAAAUACGCAUCCAAAGAAGAGGCGAAGAAGAAAGGGAAUAAGAUCAAUAGUGUUGGUUGGUGGUUCAAGCCAUGGUUUUACCAGCAUGCUCAAACGGCACUGAAGAAAGGGGAGUUUGUGGAGUACAUUCCRACUAGAGAGUAUUACCAUAGGCACACUCGGUGUUURUAUUGGGAAGGGAAGCUUAUCCUUCCGUUUGCUGAUCAAUGGUGGUUCAGAUUUCUUCUUGGCUGGUUGAUGCCACCAAAGGUUUCGCUCCUCAAGGCUACACAAGGUGAAGCCAUUCGAAACUAUUAUCACGAGAAUCAUGUCAUUCAAGACAUGCUUGUCCCUCUUUACAAGGUUCCAGAUGCCCUUGAGUGGGUCGAUCGCGAGAUGGAGGUAUAUCCCCUUUGGCUUUGCCCACACAGAAUGUACAAGCUGCCAUGUAAGACGAUGAUCUAUCCAGAGCCAGGGUUYGAGCACGAACGCAGACAGGGUGACACCUCAUAUGCACAGAUGUACACAGAUGUUGGAGUCUAUUAUACACCAGGACCUGUGUUCAGGGGUGAGGUGUUUGAUGGGUGUGACGCGGUUCGUCGGUUGGAGACCUGGUUGAUYGAGAACCAUGGGUUCCAGCCACAAUAUGCUGUUUCGGAACUGGAUGAAAAGAAGUUCUGGAGGAUGUUUGAUGCUGGGUUAUACGAGCAGUGUAGGAACAAGUAUGGAGCCGUGGGUACGUUUAUGAGCGUGUACUACAAGUGUAAGAAAGGUAGGAAGACGGAGAAAGAGGUUCAGGAAGCGGAGAAAGCGCAAUUGGAGACACCAUGUGCGGAAGUUGAUUAGCCAAUGGAUUAGUUUAGGUUUUGAGGUUCGUUUUCUUUCGUUUGUUUUGAUAUUGAUGUCGGAAUUUUCGGUCGUUGUUUGUUGUUUGGUUUUAGGUGUUGAUUUGAUGUGGACCUUUCACAUAAUGUGGUUCUUAUGUAGCAUCCAUCCAUGGGAAAUAGACAUUGGGUUCAUUUAACUGUUGAUCU